GUCAUUCUGCUUCUCUGCUCAAGAAUCCAAGUUCUCAUUCUACGAUCAUUAAAUCACAAAAAACCCAUCAACCCACGCUUCCAAAACCCAUUAGUUCAUAGUGGAAAGUGAAAAAUUCCAUUAAUUUGCGGAGAAGAGAAAGAAUUUUGAAGGGAAAGAAAGAAAGAUGUGUUUUCUGUUUAUAUGCAGUGGAGAGGAGAAGAUACUAGGAAGACAACAAGCACCGGGAUUAUGUCCGUAUUGUGGUGGGAAAGUAGAAUCCAUGGAUGUUGAAGUUCAAUGGAGGUUCUGUUGGUUACCACUCUGUUUUAAAACUAAGAGAAGGUUCUUCUGUACCAAUUGUUCUAAACGAUUAGAAGUAUAUCCUUCUUAGUUAAUUCCGAAGAUUUAAGUGUUCGAAUACUUCAUUACCCUUGAUAGAAAUCUAUAUCUAUAAACAAGAGCUCACCUUCAG